AUGCCCGUCUUUUACUGCCUUUUACUCCCUGUCUGCCUGUCUUACUCUCUCUUUUUUAUUUUUCUUUUUUCUCUUUUUUCUCUUUUGCUCUCCCUCCCUCCCUGCCUCCCUGCCUCCAUACCUCUCUCGCCCCUCGCAAGUGCUCUUCUCUGUGCACUCUCUCUGCCUCCCUGCACUCUGCCUGCGCUGAACACCCUCUUUUGCCCCUCUUUUGCACCCUGCUCCCCGCUCUGUUUAUACGCCCUGCUCCCCCGGCCUGCCCUGUGCACCCUCUCCCCGCCCGUCACACAGCCUGUCCCACACUCUCGGGGUGCCUCUUCUUGCUUUUUUCCUGCCUCCUCCGCACGCGCUUUUUUAUUUAAAAUAUUUUCACUUUGGCGGGCUCUUUCUUUCCGCCUGCUGCCUGCACGCUCUUUCUGUCUGCCCGGGUAG